AUGGCUGCAUUCAUCAAGGCUGCGAACGCUAAGAUUCGCUCGAAUCCGGUGCUCGACUACGUCUGCUCAACGCAUUUCUGGGGACCCGUCUCGAACUUCGGUAUUCCUGUCGCCGCCGUCAUGGACACGCAGAAGAGCCCAGAGAUGAUCUCCGGGACCAUGACCGGUGCCCUGUGCGUGUACUCGGCAACCUUUGCGCGCUAUGCCCUCGCCGUCACACCCCGCAACUUCCUCCUGUUCGGAUGCCAUGCCGUGAACGAGGGCGCACAGCUGACGCAGCUCUAUCGAUGGUACAACUACAACUACCAGGGUGGGAAGGAGAAGCUGGCUCUGGAGAAGGGCGUAGAGUCCGCCAAGGCCGUCGCCGAGAAGGCGGAAGAGAAGGUGAAGGCGGUUGUCAGCAAAUAG